AGUUUUUCCACCAAAAUCAUUCGCCUCAUUCGAUCUUUAGACGUUCAAGUAACAUGGACUUGAUUGUGGAACAUUUAACAUUUCUCAGGGAGAAUUAUCCCUUGGAAAAGUAUCUCUUGGGAGCAGGUGUAGCUGCUGUAACGAUCUACUUCUACCGCCGCUACGUUGAAGGUGGACAAUUCCGGAAGGAUCAUGUGAAGAUGGAUGGGAAAGUUGUUAUCAUCACAGGGGCCAAUACAGGAAUUGGGAAGGAAACUGCUCUGGAUUUGGCAAGGAGAAAUGCAAAAAUUUAUCUAGCCUGUCGUGACUUUAAGCGCUGUGAAGCAGCUAGAUUGGAGAUCAUUGAAAAGACAGGCAACACCCAGAUCUUCAACCGACAUCUGGACUUGAGUACCCUGAAGUCUGUUCGCGAGUUUGCAGAGGAGUUUUCACAGGAAGAACAACGACUGGAUGUUCUUAUUAACAAUGCCGGAGUCUUCUAUUUGCCUCACUCCAUGACUGAGGAUGGUUGUGAAUUUCACAUGCACGUCAACCACUUGGGACACUUCCUACUCACGCAUUUGCUCCUUGAUCAUCUAAAGAAGGCUCCACAGGGGAGGAUCGUUAACGUGUCAAGUCUUGGGUAUACAAGUGCAAAAAUUGAAAAGGACAAUCUUCAUCUGCUGAAACCAAACAGUUUUAGUAAAUUUAAAGCUUAUGCCAACUCUAAACUAGCCCAGAUCCUUACAACUCAGCGUCUGGCGAAGGAAUUGGAAGGUACAAACGUAACGGUCAACAGUCUUCAUCCAGGAGGAAUUCAAACUGAAAUUGCACGUAAUGUAAAAAUACCGAAGAUUCUCCUCUGGACUAUCUUUCCCAUCUUCGGUUUCCUCAUGGGUAAAUCCGUUAAGUCCGGUGCUCAGACAACAAUUUGCUGUGCUGUUGACCCAGACUUGGCUACAGUAUCUGGACAAUACUUCAGCGAUUGCAAGGUUGUGAAGUUUGAGAAGCUAAAACGUCAGGCUAGAGAUCAGGAGAUCAACGACUACGUGUGGGAGGAGAGUAUUCGUCUAGCUAAAAUUCCCAGUGAUUUCAAAUACAAAUAAAACCCUUUUUAUGUAUUUUUAGUAAAAGUUAUGUACUGGUUGUGAAGAAAUAAAAUUGUUUUUG